AUAUCAUUUUAUCGGGGAACAGAAAGCGUUGACUUUGAAGGAAUAUAUGCACAUAAUUUCCCUCCUGCGCUCCGUCUUCCGGAAAUGUUAAUCACGAGGAGUCUUCCUGCACACCUUCAUCCAUGCCUCCUCCGCCUCCUCCUCCUCGCCGUCGCCGCCCUCUCGGAGAUCGUCCCCGUGGCCCGUGGCGAUGUCGGCACGGCUUCUCACUACAGCCCUCCAUACCAACCGACGGAAUGCUAUGGUGGGGACCCGUCGCAGUUCCCGUCGAGCAACUUCUUCGCGGCGGCGGGGGACGGGGUGUGGGACAACGGGGCGUCGUGCGGGAGGCAGUACCUGGUGCGGUGCAUCAGCGCGUCGGAGUCCGGCACCUGCGUCCCCGGACGCACCAUCCAGAUCAAGAUCGUGGACUACGCCCUCUCGACCACGUCCGCGGUCGCCGCCUCCACGCAGUCCGCCCCCGGCGCCACCUUGGUCAUGUCUCAGACAGCUUUCGGAGCCAUUGCCAAUUCGUCCGUGGCUUCCAUCAACGUCGAGUUUCAGCAGGUCUGAUACGGCUCGAUCUUGAAGAAUGAUGAAGCCCGAAGGAACCCAGUGGAUUGUUUUGAUUGGUAGUUGAAAGUUGUUCCCUUUUUUUUUUUAUUUGCACAUGUUUGUCUCUUUUUUGUUUUUGGUCAAUUUUCCACAAUUGCACGUCAGGUUCACGUGCGUGUCGAUCAAAGAGAGGGACAGGAUUUUCAUGCGUGAGAAGGUCGGGGCGUGAACUUCGAGGAGGCUUCCUCGGAUUUGGGGAAGGCUGCUGGUCCCCCACGGUUUUCGGUGAAAAAGGGUGGGGAGUAAUUAUCGCAACCUAA